CAAAUCCUCCCACCUGCAACCCGCACAUCAUCGCCAUCGACGCCUUUCCCGCUGAAUCAAUCAAUACCCAGACUCCCCGAGCACAUUCUCAAACGGUCAAUCAUGGCUGGAGCCACAAGAGACAGGCGCCUGGUCAAGGAGCUGGGCAAGAUCCACAAGGACGGUCUGCCUCCAGGUAUCAAACUGCUGGACCGUGACGACAGCGUAGCCGGCGACUGGUACCUCGAUAUCCAAGUCCUCGACGAGAACCCCCUCUACAAGGGCCAUAUCUACCGGCUCAAGUUUCACUUCCCCAAGAUGUACCCCAUAGAACCCCCCGAAGUCACAUUUGAUUUACGAUCCGACCGUCCGAUCCCCAUGCACCCGCACAUAUACUCCAACGGCAUCAUCUGCCUCGACCUGCUCGGCCAGCAGGGCUGGAGCCCUGUCCAGAGUGUCCAAAGUGUCUGCAUGAGCAUCCAAAGCAUGCUGACGAGCAACGACAAGAACGAGCGGCCCCCCGGUGACGAGGACUUUGUACGAGGAAACAAGCUGCGACCCCGCGACAUCGAGUUCCUUUACCACGAUAACACCGUGUAG